GCGGAGCGGCGGCGGCGGCGCGGCGCGGGGCGCGGGGCGGCAUGGCCACCACCGCGCAGUACUUGCCGCGGGGCCCCGGCGGCGGAGCCGGGGGCACGGGACCGCUUAUGCAUCCGGAUGCCGCGGCGGCAGCGGCAGCGGCGGCGGCAGCCGAGCGGCUGCACGCGGGGGCCGCGUACCGCGAAGUGCAGAAGCUGAUGCACCACGAGUGGCUGGGCGCGGGCGCGGGCCACCCCGUGGGCCUAGCGCACCCGCAGUGGCUACCCACGGGAGGAGGCGGCGGCGGCGACUGGGCAGGCGGCCCGCACCUGGAACACGGCAAGGCGGGCGGCGGCAGCGCCGGCCGAGCCGACGACGGUGGCGGCGGCGGCGGUUUCCACGCGCGCCUGGUGCACCAGGGGGCGGCCCACGCGGGCGCGGCAUGGGCGCAGGGCGGCACGGCACACCACUUGGGCCCGGCCAUGUCGCCGUCGCCGGGGGCCGGCGGGGGCCACCAGCCCCAACCGCUCGGGCUGUACGCGCAGGCGGCCUACCCGGGGGGCGGCGGCAGCGGCCUGGCCGGAAUGCUGGCGGCGGGCGGCGGCGGCGCGGGGCCGGGCCUGCACCACGCGCUGCACGAGGACGGCCACGAGGCUCAGCUGGAGCCGUCGCCUCCGCCGCACCUGGGCGCCCACGGACACGCACACGGACAUGCACACGCCAGCGGCCUGCACGCGGCAGCGGCGCACCUGCACCCGGGCGCGGGCGGCGGUGGCUCGUCGGUGGGCGAGCACUCGGACGAGGACGCGCCCAGCUCGGACGACCUGGAGCAGUUCGCCAAGCAGUUCAAGCAGCGGCGCAUCAAGCUGGGCUUCACGCAGGCCGACGUGGGGCUGGCGCUGGGCACGCUGUACGGUAACGUGUUCUCGCAGACCACCAUCUGCCGCUUCGAGGCCCUGCAGCUGAGCUUCAAGAACAUGUGCAAGCUCAAGCCGCUGCUCAACAAGUGGCUGGAGGAGACCGACUCGUCCAGCGGCAGCCCCACCAACAUGGACAAGAUCGCGGCGCAGGGCCGCAAGCGCAAGAAGCGCACGUCCAUCGAGGUGGGGGUGAAAGGCGCGCUCGAGAGCCACUUUCUCAAGUGCCCCAAGCCCUCGGCGCAUGAGAUCACAGGCUUGGCCGACAGCCUGCAGCUGGAGAAGGAGGUGGUGCGCGUCUGGUUCUGCAACCGGCGGCAGAAGGAGAAGCGCAUGACCCCGGCGGCCGGCGCCGGCCACCCGCCCAUGGACGACGUGUACGCGCCCGGCGAGCUGGGGCCGGGCGGGGGCGGUGCGUCGCCGCCCUCGGCGCCCCCGCCGGCCGCGCUGCACCACCACCACCACACACUGCCCGGCUCCGUGCAGUGACCCCGCGGGCCGGGCCCCCCGCCGGUGCGCGGCGAGGCGCCGCGCGGCCUGAACUCUUUUUGUUCGGUUGCUUUGGAUUUUACAAAAAGCCCAGAAACUUUCGAAUAAAACCAAACACCCGGACGACCCUCUCCUGCGAGCGGCGAAGACGGCCGAUAGGCUGCGUCGUCCGAGCCCCGAGAGAGAGGAGCGAAGAUCCGGAACGCGCCAACUCACCCCGGGCAUCCUGCCCGCCUCCUGCUCCCUGCCCCCAACCCCUCGACGACCCCCGCCCCUGCCCCCCCGGGCUGUUCGGGGCCGGAUCCCGGCAGCGGCCUCCCCACAGCGACAGAUGGGAAGGGGCUUCUGCCCGGCUGUAGACCGACCACCGCACAGCAGGGCCCCCACUCCCCGCGGGGCCCUGACCUCCCGGCCACAAACAAACGAAACUUGGAAAAGUUGGAGAUAUUUUUUAACCAGCUGUAGAAAUAAGCCGUUCCCUGAGAACCUUCUGCCUGAGUCCCUGCAGCUUCCGUCCGCUCCCUUUCAGCCCCCUGGGAUGUGGGAUGCUGGCGGAGGCCUGCAGAGAAAUUCCCCAAAUUUGGGGUGAGGUGGGAACCAUGUAAAUAUGUGAGAUAUGUACACACUGGCGGGGAGAAAGAAACAUUUUGUGCUUGGUUUUUAUUUUUGGUUUUCCGGGUUGCCCUCCCUCCCCAUACUAAAGGAUUUUGUACACCCACUAAUCCGAAAAAGAUAUUUUAAUAUGAUUUCCAGAUUUCUGAUCCAUCUCUAUUUAUUUUCUGGAUGUGUUUGGAGCUUCCCCCUUCUCCAUUUCUUGUUCUGUUUGUUACCGUUUGAAUUUAAAUUUUGUUAUUUUAUUUUUAUUAUUUUUUGGAACAAUGUUUUGGUGCAUUCUCUUUGUAUCUUUAUUGCAAAAAAAUAAUAAUAAUGUAG